AUGGUGAAUCAAACUGAUAACAAAUUCACUUGGGUGAUUAAGAAUUUCUCCUCUUUGCCAUCCGAGAAAAUCUACUCGGAUCCGUUCGUCAUCGGCGGCUGUAAAUGGAAUCUUCUUGCCUAUCCCAAGGGAAACAAGAUGAGUUCUAUGUUUCGUGACAUUACAGUAGGACAGCACAGGUUUGACCAGAAGACUCCCAACUGGGGCUUUACAUCCAUGAUUCCCCUUGACAUGCUUCAUGCAGACAAUGGUGGAUUUUUGAGGAAUGGACAAGUCAAGAUUGUUGCAGAGAUUGAUGUUCGUGAAGUUGUACCUGAAGAAGAUACCAAACCUCUGAAAAAGAUAAAGCAAGAAGAUGAUGCUGCUAUGAUUGCUGAUUUACUGAAUAACAAGACUCUCCAACUGAAUGAAAACGAGAUGGAAUUUAUGAGACUUAUGUUUGAGAAACAUCCAGACGUUGCAUUAGGGUUUCGUUCGAAGAAUACGAUUUUGAGGACUGCGUACAUGAAUGUCCUGCUCAGCUUAACCCAGAAGCUAUGCAAACCGACUCAAGAACUAUCAAAUAGUGACAUGUCUGAUGUAGUGGCUGCACUGGCAUACAUGGCAGAUGGAGGGUUCAAGUUGGAUUGGUUGGAGAAGAAACUUGGUGAAGUAAAGGAAAAGAAGAAGAAAGAAGAGGCUUGUAUGGCCCAGCUGCAAGAAAUGGAGGAAGAGCUAAAGCCAUUGAAGAAGAAGUGCUUAGACCUUGAAGCUCAGAUGGAUAAGAAGAAGGCUGAGCUUUUGGAAGCAAGAGCUCCUCUCACGUUUCAUCACUUGAAUUCUUAG